GCUCUUGAUGAUCUGGAAGGACUUGUGGUUCAACGCUUGUUUGAGAUGGAGAAGAUGAACAUCCGAGGAACAGGUUAUGCCAUGUGCACAUCAAUCACCAAGGCCAUGCAGGAGCAUAGCAGUGCCAUCUGCUUGGCCAUGGAGAAGUACAACAAAGCUGCACUCAUGCUUGACCCACCAAGGCCGAUAUUGACCUACCAGGAAGUGAUCAACAUGUCCUUCCUCUCUGAUUUUGCCUUGCUCUGCUACUUGCAGGAUGACAUCCGCAAGCAUUGA